ACUUCAUCUUUUCCACGUACAGUAUUACCACGAUACUUACUACGCACUCAUGGCUUUCUUAGCUGUCUCUGGGAUCCUCGUCGUUUUCACGAUCUCCGCUGCCGACUGCCGUUCUCUAUGUAAUUUGAACUGUCCCGCCGGAACUAAAUGCGUAUUUCAAAGAAGCACGUGCGACUACCCUCCGUGUAAACGGUACCCGGUCUGUGUCGAUGAAAACCCACACUAUGAAAGUAACCUCAUCCCAGCUCAACUUUCACGCCCAGGGAGGUGUCCUGUCUCCACAACACCGGGCUCAUGUAUAACCCAAUGUCAAAACGACGCAAUGUGCCCGAACAACGAAAUCUGCUGUUUUAACGGAUGCGGGUUCACAUGCAGCGGUCCCCAAACCAAACCAGGGACCUGUCCGCGCUACCUCCGAAACGAAAACAUGUGUGGAAUGGACUGUUCCUCAGACAGCGAUUGCCCGGGGGUGGAGAAAUGUUGUCGAACAGCUUGUGGGAGCACCUGCUCAAGGCCUUGCUACUAUUAUCUCUUCAAUACCGCCAACCAAGCAGCCGGGAUCCGCUCCGCGUUUUGGUCCCUCCCGUAUAUGUGUCGUAGAUUAUAGUAUACAAAGAGCUUGGACAUGACUUGCAUUUGCCAUUCAUGAUCUCUGUUGACCUCUGCAUGUGUUGUGUGUGAGAUUGCGUGUACAGCCGUCCAAUGUGUUCAGUUGUUGUCGUGUUCAAUGAAUACUCUGGUGAUACUGCGAUUAGUCAAGAAAACAAUCUAAAAGUUUAUAUGUCUAUUUUACAAUAUUUAUUUGUGCAAUGAUACACGAGUAUAUAAGUCAGAUCUGAAUAAAUUAUUUAUUUUCAGAUAAA